UGUUCAGGCAAGGGAGAGUGCCAAGGAGACGGGAGCUGCGCCUGCGAGGGCGGGUGGGGAGGAGAGCGGUGCAGCAUAUGUACGGGAGGGUACGGGGAGCAGUGCGAGGUACGGUGCGAGGAGGACAAGGACUGCUCGGGGCACGGGCGGUGUCAGGAGGACGGGAGCUGCGAGUGCAGGGAAGGAUGGUCAGGAAAACAUUGCCAAGGAUGCGCGGCGCAGUACUACGGGGAGGAGUGCAAGGCGUACUGCGAGGAGGGUGAGACCUGCUCGGGACACGGGACAUGCCAAGGAGACGGGAGCUGCGCCUGCGAGGGCGGGUGGGGAGGAGAGCGGUGCAGCAUGUGCACGGGAGGGUACGGGGAGCAGUGCGAGGUACGGUGCGAGGAGGACAAGGACUGCUCGGGGCACGGGCGGUGUCAGGAGGACGGGAGCUGCGAGUGCAGGGAGGGACUGUAUGGGGAGGAGUGCAGAGAUCGAUGCGAUGCCGGAGUCAACUGCUCGGGGCACGGGUACUGCGCGGAGAACGGGGGAUGUACGUGCUACAUGGGGUAUGUAGGAGAG